UGUUUCAUUGUGACUGGAUUUACUGUAUAUCUCCAUUUGAACUGGAAUACAUUCAGCCUUUCACGGCAAGAAGAAGGCAUCCCCGUGGACACCAAUUACGCUCCCCUUCUUGCUGAUCCGUUUCUUUAUGUAAAUGAUUCGGAAAUUUCUGCUCGGAUUGGCAAAGUCAAAACAAGGGGCUACUUUCCAACAAGAGGAACGACAUAUCUCACAGAGGAGGUAAUCAGUUAUGGACAUGUCUCUGUGAUUUCAUUAUGUGCAAAUGCGAAAAAAUCCCGUGUGUCACUCAACCACGCUCAUAAAGUCUACAGUUUAGGAGAGCAGAUUCAAGUGCAAGUAGAUCUGUAUGAUUUGUAUGGUAACCGCAAGUUAACGGGAGGUGACGUUUUGAGAGUUUGGAUGGAGAACCCAGAGACAGCAGCUUCCGUUUCCAGUCGGGUGUCGGACCACAAUAACGGAAGUUACACUGCUCUGCUUAGAGCCGCAUGGUCAGGAAGCGCUACGAUUAAGGCAUUCAUUGCUUCGAGGAAGGAGGAGGUAGUUCUCAGCUAUAUGAUAUACCAACAGCAUGGCAGUCUCUGGACAGUGUUAGCUGAAUUCCGGGCAAACAAUCUAACAGAUGCAACAGCGUGUUCAGUUAGACAAGGGAAUUCCUUCAAGACAAACGAGUGGUGUAAUUUCACGAAUGAGAACAAUGGCUACAGUUGGUACUGUAAGAAGUCCAAAAUCAAGCAGUUAACAUGUGAUACGUGGUCACAUUCGUUUAGUGCAAAUGACAACAUAAGCUUUCAUCUUAAUAACACCGAGAGAAGCAUUUUGGAUUGGCCGUUGGUAGCUUUAAAACAAGAUGUUUUACAGAGUUCAGUGAGGGUGUCAGUUGGAGGAGGUCCUAAGGGUGUAAAACUAUCAGCUCCUUCAACUUCCUGCAAUGCGCUUCCAGCGGAAAUGACAUGGCGACGAACGUCCCCGAAUGGUUACUUUCACCAGAACAAGUGGCAUUCGCUUCUGUGUACUGACACACUGCCUCACACCAUUGAUGCUUACAGACAGUGCUUGAAAGGAAGAACGCUGUGGCUUCAUGGGGAUUCAACAAGUAGACAGUUUAAAGAAGUUCUUCAUUCAAUUUUACGCUUUCCCUCCCAUACAGAUCGUCAUGAACCUCUUGGCACGCGCUCCUAA